UUUACCCAGAAGCCAUCGCGACGCCUCAACUUACAGAACUGGCUUCUUGGGCUUCGGGAGUGUUUCCCAUUUAAACAAACAGUGCCGAAGAUGGCGGAGAGUUAACGGUGUAAAGAAGAAAUUAUCGAUCCGGCAGCGAUACGUCCAGGAGACUCUAUUGACCAGCCCACAUUGGACCACACCCCCAGAGUGUGGGGAGGGGGGAUCUGAUCGUCCAUCAUCUCAGUGCCGUCACAAGGUGCUGAUAUGUGUACACGAUGAGCGGACUGGGGGAGAACUCCAUGGAGCCUCUGAGCUCAGAAAACCGCAAACGCAAGCUCUCCACUUGCGACACGCCUGGUCUGGGGUGUGAGAGGAAGCGGCGGGAGCAGGAGAGCAAAUACAUAGAGGAGCUAGCGGAGCUGAUCUCUGCCAACCUCAGUGACAUCGACAGCUUCAACGUGAAACCAGACAAAUGUGCCAUCCUCAAAGAGACGGUGCGCCAGAUCCGCCAGAUCAAAGAGCAGGGAAAAGCAUCAUCCAACGACGACGACGUUCAGAAGUCAGACGUGUCCUCAACAGGUCAGGGAGUAAUCGACAAGGACCACCUGGGGCCGCUCCUGCUGCAGGCUCUGGACGGCUUCCUGUUUGUGGUGAACCGGGAGGGAAGCAUCGUGUUUGUGUCGGACAACGUGACGCAGUACCUGCAGUACAAACAGGAGGAGCUCAUAAACACCAGCGUGUACAAUAUUCUCCAUGAGGACGACAGGGAGGAGUUCCACAAGAACCUGCCCAAGACCAACAUAAAUGGAGUGUCGUGGGGAGGCGAGGCGGCCCGACAGAAGAGUCACACCUUCACUUGCCGGAUGCUGGUCAAGUUUGGUCAUGGCCACGGCCCCAUGGAGGAGGGGCCAGGAGGGCCACGCUACGAGACCAUGCAGUGUUUUGCUCUUACCCAACCCAAGGCCAUGAUCGAGGAAGGGGAAGACCUUCAGUCAUGUAUGAUCUGUGUGGCCCGUCGAGUGACAGCCAUGGAGAGGACGGAGAGUUUCAAUACGCGGCAUGAGCUCUCAGGUAAGCUGAUCCAGAUCGACCAGAACUCUCUGCGAGCAUCAAUGCGUCCAGGCUGGGAAGAUUUACUGAGGCGUUGCAUUCAGAUGUUCCUUCAACACAGUGACGGGCAGCCCUGGUCGCACAAACGCCACUACCAUGAGGCCUUUCUCCAGGGUCAUGCUGAGACUCCCUUAUACCGCUUCUCCCUGUCCGACGGCACUCCAGUCACAGCCCAGACCAAGAGCAAACUCUACCGUCACCCCAUGAGCAACGAGCCACAAGGCUUCAUCUCCACUCACCUACUGCAGAGAGAACCAAACGGUUACCGCUCAGCUCAGGGUGGCAGCAUGAUGCCGAAUGCUAUGAGACAACAGGGCAUGGGAGGCCCUAACCCGAAUGCCCAAAUGAAUAUGAACACCGGUGGAGGGAUGGCGAUGGGGAGCAUGGGCAGCAUGAGCAGGGGCUUUGGCAUGAACGAGCAGGGCCACAUGGGUCAUAUGGGCCCGAUGGGAAGCAGCUCUAUGUAUGGGGGGAACGGUGGAGGAGGAAGUGGAGGUGGAGGCAUGGGCAACCGCAUGAUGCAGAUGAAUCAGAUGGGGCAGAUGAAUCAGGUGGGGCACAUGAAUCAGAUGAAUCAGAUAGGCCCCAUGAAUCACCCAGGCCAAGGCAUGCAGCAGCACCCACAGCAGCCCCCGUUUCAGAGCAGUGGUGGCUUUGGGCUGAGUGGCAUGAACAGCCCAACAGGAAGCCCCAGAAUGGGAGGCCCCCAGCAGGGACUCUUGAUGUCGCCCCGUAACAGAGGGAGCCCAAAGAUGGGUGCCAACCAGUUCUCACCUGGAGGCAUCCACUCUCCUAUGAGUGGCAUUGUCAGCGGUGGUGGAAAUGGAGGGAGCACCACCACCUUCUCCAGCAGCUCCCUAAAUGCCCUUCAAGCAAUCAGUGAAGGAGUAGGGAGCUCCCUGCCUUCAACCCUAACGUCCCCCUCACCAGCCCUUAAACCAGACAGCUCCCCCAGCGUCCACUCCUCUUCCUCUUCUUCUCAGCCGAGUCAGCAGUCCAAACCAGGGCAAGAUGGCUCCAAAAGCCCAGCGGGAGGCUUAGGACCUGGGCCUAGCGACCAUCACCACCCCAUGCACCAUCACCACCAUCAUCAGCAUCCUCAGACUGAGAAUGCUGGAGAUCGACCAGACAGCCAGGCAACUACCGCAGCUAAGGAGCCUGGAGAGGGAACCAAUGAGGUGGGAGGGGUGAGCUCUGAACCCCCUCGGAGGAUGCCAGACAGUAAGGGGCAUAAGAAGUUGCUGCAGUUACUGACUUCCCCAACUGAGGAGCUGGGAAUAGGUGGCAGUGGGCCAACAGGGCCUCCUGUACCACCCCCACCAACCAGUAACAGCACUCCUGCAGGCUCAGACACAAAGGACCCCACUGGAGGCAUGACUAGCCCCUCAUCUACUGGGGUCUCCUCCUCUUCUUCAGCCAGUGCCAAUCCAGGCCAGGCAUCUGGGCCAGGAGGAGUGUCAACAGCACUGUCGUCAGCCCACUAUACCGGCUCACUGCAAGAAAAGCACAAGAUCCUCCACAAGCUUCUUCAAAAUGGCAACACCCCAGAUGAAGUAGCUAAGAUCACAGCCGAAGCUACUGGAAAGGUGUCACUGGGGAGCCAGGAGGGCGGAGAGGCUGGGACAGGAGGAUCAGGGGCCGGGACCGGAUCUGGGAUGACAGAACCCAAACAGGAGCAGCAUAGUCCCAAGAAGGAGAAGACUCAUGCCCUCCUCCACUACCUCCUCAACAAGGACGAUUCCAAAGAGCCAGCAGAUGUCAAGCCUAAACUCGAAGAGCUAGAUGGGAAGGGAGCCCCAGGGGCUGUUGGUGGCCCUGCACGUGCUGGCCCUGGAUCUGGACCUGGCCCUGCACCAGAACAUCCUGAGAGCAAAAUCAAAUCAGAGCCACCUGACGAUUUACACAAUCUGGAGUCUAUCCUUGGGGAAUUGAGGGGUUCAAGCUCUGACUUUUACCCGGAUCAGGCUGGAGGUGGAGGAGCUAACGACACAGGAAACAAACCCCAAGGUUGCCUUGACGACAGUCUGCGGGGGAGCCCAGGAAUAGGUCCAGGGCCUCAGGGGUCCUUCCAGAGGGCCAUGUCCAUGGAUGGAAAGCCUCCAGGUGUGCCUGGAGGGGGAGGUAGACGCCCCAUGCUCAUCAAGCAGGAGAACAUGAUGGGCGGUCCAGAUGGCUACCCGGGAAACAUGGGACCAAUGAAUAGGGGCAUGGUUCCCCAGAGGUCUCCCAUGGGGGGGUCAGGGGACUGGGGCAUGCCCCGCUCCAGCGCCAGCCCUGUGGGCUCAGCAGCGCAUCCUUCUAUGAUGCGCCCAGGCAUGGAGUACAAUAACAAGGGCAUGAUGUCUGGACCUAUGGUCAGCCGCGCCAACAGCGUACCAGGCACCAGGUCUAUGCUGCAGCAACAGCUCAUGGAAAUGGGAGGCUCUGCUGAUAUGGGUAUGGGUAUGAGCCCUUUCAGCCAGCAGGGCCAGCCCAACCAGUCCCCCUCCUGGUCAGACACUAUAAUGGGCAUGGAGGGUAACAGACGCCAGUUUGGCAACACCUUAGAUGAUCUCCUGGUACCUCCCACCACCAGUGAAGGUCAGAGUGAUGAGCGGGCGCUUCUGGACCAGCUGGACUCUCUGCUGAAUAACACGGACGGCAUCGCUCUGGAAGAGAUAGACCGAGCCUUGGGCAUCCCAGACCUUGUCAGUCAGACUCAGGGAGCUGAGCAGCAAAUGGAGACUUUUCCAGGGCAGGACCCAUCUAUGGUGUUGGACCAGAAACCUCUCUAUGGACAGGGCUAUCCAGGAUCUCCCACCAUGUCUAUGCAGUCUGGCUUUGGAGGGAACCCCUUACAGGGGCAGGCUCAGCAGGGAGGGUUUGGGCCCAUGCUCUCCCAUAUGGGUCAAGGUGGCAGCUUCCCUGGUAUGGGUGGAAUGGGCGGCAUGGGACACCCGCGUGCCAACAUGAUGAGACCCAGGAUGAUGACUGUCAACAAGCCCAUGAGGCUCCAACUGCAACAGAGGCUGCAGGGACAGCAGUUCAUAAAUCAGACACGACAGGGCAUGGCUAUGAAGAUGGAGAACCCAGGAGGCAACCCUGGCAUGAGGCCCAACAUGCAGCCUGGAAUGGGAGGACAGCCUGGCUUCCUCAACGCUCAGAUGAUGGCUCAGCGCAGCAGGGAGAUGGUCACCAUGCAGAUGAGGAGGCAGCGCAUGAUGAUGCUGAUGCAGCAUCAACAGCAGCAGCAGGCAGCGGCGGCAGCUGCUGCUGCUGCAGGAGGCUUCAGUCCCCCUCCAAACGUCACGGCUCCAGGUGGCAUGGACACCCCUAUGGGAGGCCCAAACAUGGGUCAGCCGGGCCCCCAGCAGUUUGGCUACGGUGGGAACUAUGGGAUGGGCCAGCAGGGAGACCCCUCAUUCGGCCCGUCAGGCAGCAGUCCUCCUAAUGCCAUGAUGCCCGGUCGCCUGGGACCUCAGAACCCCAUGAUGCAGCAGCACCCGCAGGGAGGCCCCAUGUACCAGAGCGCAGAAAUGAAAGGCUGGUCACAGGGAGGCAUGGGACGCAACAGUUCGUACCCUCAGCAGCAGUUUGGGCAACAGGGACCACCGGGGCAGCAGCAGUUUGGGCAGCAGGGGAAUCCAGCCCAGUAUGGGGGCAUGAUGAUGAACGGGGGCAUGGCAGCCAGCGGGGGAGGAGGUCACAUGGGCCAGAUGGGAGGGCAGAUGGGUAUGAACCCAAUGGUGAUGGGACGCAUGCCUAUGGGGCCUGAUCAGAAAUACUGCUGAGCAUCGUGACAGAAGCAUUCGUCUGACUGUCCAUUCAGAGACACGGCUGCAGCACUGGAGUGUGUGUGUGCGUGUGUGUGCGUGUGUGUGUGUGCGUGCGUGUGUGUGUGUAAUGCUGCACUCCCACCAGACGGGGGAGUGAGCUUCCUUUGGACUCAGUGCCAGUAACAGCAGUCUGGCCACCUGGAGACUGUCACAUACACACCUGAAAACAGGAUCGGAUCAGAAACACUGUGACACAUUUACACUCAUAAACACAAGACAGACAGCUCUGUGAUUCCUCUCAUAGACUGUGGUUUUGAUAUCAGACUCUCUCUGUCGGACCAAACAGUCCAAGUGGACAGACACUCGAGUAGAUCACAGACUCGAACGUGGACGAAUGUGUUAAGUCGUGCCCUCCAUCGUCGACUGUGUUCGGUUUGAAAAAGUGGGAUUCCCCUCUUGUUUCUGAACUGCGUGGGAUUUUUAUCCGCCGCCUCUCCGCUGCUCCUGCAGGAUCUCCGCGUUUGCGAAACACGGUUCCAGAUGAUGAGCCAUCAGAUUGUGACACUCAGAUGAAUGUCAUUCAGCAGUAGCACAUUGUUUUGUCCUCCAGGACGCCGCUGGGCUAAAAGUAUGACUGAAUUAGUCGUUGGCUGAUCGCACUUUAAGGAAAGGCCAACAUCAAAAGGAUUGUGGCAAUAUAGAGGCCUUUACCCGAGAAUUAAUGAAUAGCAGCAGACAUUUACUGUUUAUUUUUGUGUGUGUUCUCCGACUUUUCUCCGAGUGAUGGUGCUGUUGAUUGGAAAGGCGUAACCUUGAUGAUCUUUGCUCUAAAGUGGGAACCAGUAGAAAGGCAGUAAGCACAGAUUUUAUCCAACCCUCUCGUCUGCCAGUAAACUGAUUUAUUACUACAGGAGACAUUUGUAAGUCAUUUUAAAAUCGUUCUUUAAAAUAAACGACUUCUAUUAAUGUUCAAAACUCCACUUAUAUUUAUACAAAAAUACAUGAUGUGGUCAUUCCGUCACCCCAGAGGUAAUUUUUAAAUCCAGAUGUUACAAAUAUUUUCGUUACCUCGCGCCAAUUUUCAGUGUUACUGCAAGCGCAGAAAUGAAAUUGAUUGCCAGUCGUAAGAUUAUGUCUAUAUGAGCUCACACUGUAAGAGAAGGCGUACGUUAGAUUUCAGUGUAGGCGUGCAGAUUUCCAGCAAUAAUCCUUCCUCCUGGUUUUCCUCUGAGGACAAAGCUCAAGAAUCAUUUGCUCAAAGUGACGGCACUGCAGUAUUAGACAUGAUGUCUUGUUUGGAGGUUUUUGUUUUUUUCUUUUGUCUGUGAAUAUGAAUUGUAAAUAUGCUUCAAAUGUACUAUAUAUAAAUAUAUAUAUGCUUUUGUAGGUCACAUACUGUUUUGCACAGAUUGUAAGGCUUGAUAUUUAAAAGUGUAAUUUUCUUAAUCCGUCAUAGGUCAGCUUUUAUUUUCAAUACUUUAACCAUCGGUUGGAAAGGAAGGGCCUCCUUUUUGUAAGCAGUACGUGUAGAUUUUCUUUUCAUACUGCCACUUUCUCUCUCUCUCUCAGAAAACACUUAUUUUCUGAGGUUGUAGUCUUAGCUAAAGAGGUGCUAGUGUGUAAUUUUUUUUUUAAUAAAUUAUUUUUCCUCUGACAAAAAAAAAGAAAAGAAGAAAACACAAAAUAUGCCUAUUUAAAAAAAAAAAAAAAAAAAAAAAAAAAGUUGACACAUGAUUGUGUUAGGCUUCUAGAGGCCCGGAUGUCUUACCAGUAUGUGGGGGUUGAUAUUUUCUGAACCUCAUGCUUCCAUGUGUGACUUUAAGUUUCACUCCUGAGAUUUCAGUGGGUUGAAUUCUUGCAGCUUCAAGACUUGCGAUAUCAGUCUCGCCGUUUAGCUGUCCGCUAGGGCCUUUUAGGUUUGUUCACCGACAUUUAAUCCUGAUGGAAGCGACACAAGAAGUAGUCUGAGUCCCUGAUUACCUGUCAGAUGUCUUGACAGUGGUUUCUUUUUUUUUCUUUCGAGUUUGCCUUUAUUUUCAUUGUGUUUUCUGUGAAGCUUUUGUUGAGAAAUCUACCUUUGAACACAUGCUCAAUCCAAAGAUUUUAUUUGUCAUUCUGCAGUGCGUAGAAACAGUUCCUGACGUAGAUUGUGCAAGUACUCAUGCGUGCUUUUACUGUUGCACAUAACCUAUAAUAUACAUUGAACUAAAUAUGUUUAAUUGCAUAUAUUAUAUCCCCAUCUGUAUGACAUAGAUUAGACAUGAGUCUGGCUCUGCUGAGGUGGUUUGACUUUCUUUUUUUUUUUCUUUUUUUUUGUUUGUUUGCUUGUUUGUUUGUGAUCGUCUCUUCCUUUCUGUACAACUCAUGGCCAGUUGAAUUGUGGUGCUGCAAACGAUUAUUUCACAACAGAAUGUUGAGAUUUUCUAAGCUGGAAAGGAGGUUUCAUGAUUCAUGUCAUCAUAUCUCAGAAUAAAAGCUUGGAGGGUUUUUUUUUUUUCUAACCCCAGUCUCAUUGAAGGUUAUGAAAGUUUAGUCUAACAAAUAUAUAUAAAAAGAAAGAAAAAAAAAAGUGUUUUGCUUUAAAGAAGCUCAUUUAAGUGCAUCGUUGGUGGGGCUAAAGAAAAGAGAAAACACAUGGGGAAACAUACAGUCAUUAUUACAGGAUGUAAAAUACUAUUGCUUUUUUUUCUUACCUUGUUUCUUGAUGUUAAUAUCUAUGUAAAUACAAAUUUAUAUUUAAACAUUACAA